CAGAAGAGGAAACAGACACUGCUCCGCUCUCCACAGAGAUGGCUGGUGGUCGCCUGAGCUGCCUCCUGGCGUACGCGCUGCUGCUCGGGGUCUCCCGCCACGAUGUGGAGGCGUCAGAAGGAAAACGAGUCAUUCAUAAAGAAGUUGGAGACUCUGUGGGGCUUUCAUCAAAUUUAACAGCUAAAGAGGUCAAAGGGGCAAGAUGGAGAUAUGGAGACUCAAAUGUAGCAUUCCAAGGUUCAGGUCUUACUCCAAACCAUCCAUUUAAGGGCAGAGUGAAGUUAAAUGACACAAGUUUUAGUUUAACAAUAAGAGACCUGACUCUUCAAGAUUCUGGUGAAUUCAGUUUGAUGGGAGAGGUCAAAGGUGAACAAGUUUCAGUCUUCAUCACUCUGCAAGUUCAUGAGCCAAUAUCUACAAAUUCCAUUGUGUUUUCCAACGUCACUGAGGUUGGAUCAGAUGGAUUUUGUACAGUUUUUCUGGAGUGCAAAGCAAAUCCUCACAGUGACGUCACCUACAGCUGGACUGUGGGAACCCAAACCAGAAACGGCUCCACACUGCAAUACAGCAUUAGACCACAAGAUGGCGACACAAUAUUCACCUGCAAAGCCUCCAAUGUUAUCAGUGAGAAGUUAGCAUUCACAACACUGAGAUGUAGCAACACCACAGGACCCGGUUCUAAUGAAGUUGCAGGAAUACCAAUCCCAGUCUGGAUUAUCCUUGCAGUAGGAGGAGGUUUACUGAUCAUUAUUAUAAUCAUAGUGGUGAGCGUAUGUCUCUGCAAAAGAAGAUGGUCUGGAAGCGAUUCAACCGAACUCACAGUUUAUGCCGAUAUCUCCGAUUUUUCAUCUGAAGUGGGGCCCUCUGAUAAACCAUGCUCUCUGUACGACACUAUCGAGAGCAGAAACAGCCCGGAUCGCCAAAUGCCUCAGACGGUCUACGACCAGAUCCAGAUUGAUCGGAUGAGGAAGACUUCGGUGUCUCCGUACCAGGAGGUUUCCUAGACGAUUUGAACCUUCAUGUUUUGGUGCACCUCAGGGAAAACAGUCAGAAAACACCCAGUGGCUUGUAACGGUCCCAGUUGUGUAUAACUUGGAAGUGGACGAUAUGCAUAUUAAUAAGAAACAUUUGAUUUGAUAAAACCUAAUUUAGGGACGGUGAUCUGCAAAAUGUUUAUUGUUCAUUUAAAAUAUGUCCAUGUUUUUCCCUAAUUUUAAAGCUGGGUGGUGCAUAACUUUCUGUUUUGUAAAUGUGCAACUGGACUCUGUAACUUAUGUUUGUACAUCUUGUAAAUAUAUAGAUGAUAUAAAUAAAAAUGUAUAUUAUGCAAAUGUUUGUCUUGUUGAGGUUCACUUGUGUUGCCGUUCACCCGGCUGUACGUCUGCUUUUUAUUUAUUUAUUUUUUUUAUAAACCAUCUGUACCAUAAUAAAAAUUAACAUUUUGUCUGA